AUGAGCACCGCCCUCCCUUUCCGCGACAUCAAUGUCCACUCGUCGCCCUCGCACUAUGCCUUCUCGUCGCCAUCCUCGCCCUCUGCGCCGACGCUGGUAAUCGACCGCCCGUCAGGUGACAUUCGCCUUCACGAUGGCAAGCUGCUGGGCUCCAAGCGCGUGUCGAGCAUUGCAGGCAUUCUCGGCAUCAUCAAGCUGCGACUAGGGCGGGAAGCUGAUGCGUGCAAAGACAAGUACAUAAUCGUCAUCACCAAGGCCCAGCCCAUGGGCAGGAUAAAGGGUCACAUGAUCUACAAGGUCAUCACCACCGAGUUCCUGCCACUCCGCGAACGCCCACUGCACGACCCCGACGAGGACAACUACCUUGGCCUGCUCAAGAGCCUCAUCAAGACGUCGCCGCUGUUCUUCUCCUACUCCUUCGACAUCACCAACAGCUUCCAGCGCCAAGCACACUCCGACCCCUCGACCCCACUGUGGAAGCGCGCCGACGACCGCUUCUUCUGGAACCGCUUCGUGCAGAGCGACCUGAUCGACUUCCGUGGGGGACUCAGCACUGGCUACGGCAGGCACUCGAGCGGCCAGCAGCCCGAUGUGGACCCUUACAUCCUGCCCGUCAUGUACGGCAUGUUGGAGAUCAAGAACACGUCCAUCAAGGGCACUGCGCUGACCUUCAUCCUCAUCACCCGCCGGUCGCGACUCAAGGCUGGGACGAGAUACUUUUCGCGCGGCAUCGACGACAACGGAAAUGUCUCCAACUUCAACGAGACGGAACAGACCAUCAUACUCAACGACAACGCAUCUGGCGGCCCGGGCGGGUUCGGCUCCAACCAGAAUGGCGCAGCGGGCGGCAAUGCAGGCAAGGAGACGCAGGUGCUUGCCUACGUCCAGACCAGGGGAAGUGUGCCCGUAUACUGGACCGAGAUCAACACACUGAAAUACACCCCAACGCUUCAGGUGCGCGGUGUCGAGAACGCCGUGCCAGCUGCGAAGAAGCAUUUCGCAGAGCAAAUACGGCUAUACGGCGACAACUGGCUCGUCAACCUCGUCAACCAGAAAGGCCGUGAGCAGCGCGUCAAGGAGGCAUACGAGGAGAUGGUCGAGUACCUGCACACUUCGCCCGUCGAGAACACCGAAGGCGAUAAGAUCACCGACGAGAAGUUCCACGUCAUCGAGCCCAGCAAUGCUCAAACGGCAUACGACCGCAUACACUACGUCUACUUUGAUUUCCACAACGAAACAAAGGGCCUGCAAUGGCAUCGCGCAAAACUCCUCAUGGACCAGCUCGCGCCCCAUGUUCUGAAGCACGGCUAUUUCCGUGGUGUCGAUAUGCCUGGUGAUGCAGGUCGCGUCGAGGUCCGUGGGCACCAAACUGCCGUGGUACGAACGAAUUGCAUGGACUGUCUUGACCGAACGAACGUGGUGCAAAGCAUGAUUGGUCGCUUCAUCCUGUCGCGCAUGCUCAUUGACCUUGGAUUGAUGCGCGAAGGCGAGUCUGCGGAAGAAGACAAGCAAUUCGAGUUUUUGUUCCGCAAUGUAUGGGCCGACAACGCGGAUGUGGUAUCGAAAUCGUACUCUGGCACCGGUGCGCUCAAGACGGACUUCACACGGUUGGGCGUCAGGACCAAGGCGGGAGCGUUGCAAGAUCUCAACAACUCCAUCACGCGGUACUGCCUCAACAACUUCAGCGACGGACCGCGACAAGAUGCUUUCGAUCUCUUCCUAGGCACGUACCUGCCCAGCGACUCGGCGAUUGGAGGGCAACUACUCUUCGCCGACCGAAGACCCAUCUUCAUCCCAAUCGGUCCCCCCUGUCUCAACUUCAUCUGGAGCAACGGGACUCUCUACGUCAACUGGCCCAAACUCAACCGCCUCCCCUCGCAGAUCGAAGCUUACCAAGAGAAAUUGUCCAAAGUGUCGCAGAACCCUGUUGUCGGUGGCUUGGUGGGUACGAAACAUGAGCGUGGCAAGAGCGAUGCGAGAUUACUAGGGUUGGAGGAGGGCAAGAAGAGGAUCGAGUAG